AUGUCAUCGUCCCCUAGGGUGUGCUACAGUUAUUUACAGACAGCUAGUUGUCGAUUCGGCUCCCAGUGCAGGUUUGCGCAUGGCGAAGGGUUCAAAACCACCAAUGGUCCGUCACAAACACAUACACAGACACCUCUAGACGAUUUUUUUGCAACAUAUCCCGCGUUCGACUACAACUCGUCUGCGUCAGCUUCAUUGGAGUUUUACCGGAUGUGCGACCAGUUUCGCUGGGAUGAGGAAGACAAAGAGAGAGAACAAGCUCACUGUGAUUUCAAGGACGCCCUUGUUCAGCAGUUUAACGAGAUAUAUGGCACGGAUGUGAAUAAUCUCACUUCAUGGCGCAAUUUGUGUCAGAUCGUCCGCAUUUCACCGAUUCCUGACACUCUGGAAUCAUGCCGCGAGGCGGUCAAAGCCACUCAUGUCAAUAUUGUUGACUUGAUCCAUACAAAAGUGACCGGGAAGCCAGUGACCAUAUUUGUUUCGGAGGUGAAGCUGAGCAAGUAUACCAAAGACGCGGGAAAAUUCUUUCCAAGAGAUAACGCAUAUGCUGGUGGUCUCUUAAGGUACCUGCUCCGCCGUAUUAUGAAUCCUAGACAAGAACGCAUGUCUAAGUCUGGUCAGAGGACGCAGGCCCGGGGCAGGCGUAGGCAUCCCUAG